AUGCCUAUCGUUACGGAACUCACCAAGAGGCUGGGCAUCCGCGUGCCCGUUGUCCAAGGCGGCAUGAUGCACGUCGGUACCGCAGACCUUGCCUCGGCCGUCUCCAACGCCGGCGGUCUGGGCAUCAUCACGGCCCUCAUCUUCACCUCGCCCGCCGCCCUGCGCGACGAAAUCCGCCGAUGCCGCACUCUCACCAAGAAGCCCUUCGCCGUCAACAUGACUCUCCUCCCGUCAAUGGUUCCCCCAGACUAUGGCGCCUACGCCCAGACCAUCAUUGACGAAGGCAUCAAGAUUGUCGAGACGGCGGGCAACUCGCCCGGGCCUGUCAUCAAGCAGCUCAAGCAGGCUGGCAUCACUGUCCUCCACAAGUGCACCACGAUUCGCCAUGCUCAGAGCGCCGUCAAACUCGGCGUCGACUUCUUGUCCAUUGACGGAUUCGAGUGUGCCGGCCACGUCGGCGAGAGCGACAUCACCAACUUCAUCCUGCUGAGCAGAGCUCGUCAGACCCUCAAGGUCCCCUUCAUUGCCAGCGGUGGUUUUGCCGAUGGCCACGGCCUGGCUGCGGCCCUGCUGCUCGGUGCUUCGGGCAUCAACAUGGGCACGCGGUUCAUGGCUACCGUCGAGGCCCCUAUCCACCAGAACAUCAAGGAUGCCAUUGUCAAGAGUGACGAGCACGACACCACGCUGCUGCUGAGAAGAUGGCGCAACACCAGCCGCCUGUUCAAGAACAAGGUUGCCCUCGAUGCGCUCAAGAUUGAGAAGGAGAGCCCGACGGGCGAGUUCAGCGAGGUUGCGCCCCUGGUCAGCGGCAAGCGAGGAAAGGAGGUGUUUACCACUGGCGACCCAGAGUACGGUGUACGUUCCCCCCCCCCCAACCUUUCCCCCUUUCCCCUUUUCGCCGUUGCUGGGACGAAUCCCGUGUCGUCAGUCGGGCUUUGCUUGGUCUGGACUGCCGGCCCCGUCAUGGGUCUCAUUCACGACGUGCCCACGUGCGACGUGCUAGUCAAGCGUAUUGAGAAGGAAGCCGAGCAAGCCUUCAAGGAGAAAUCAACCCUCAUUGUCCCCGAGUCCAAGUUGUAA